AUGGCCAGCCCAACGCCCGACGCCCCAGUCGUCAAGGAUGCCAUUACUCAAACCCACGCCUUCGGAUGCCUCCUGGCAUACUGUGUCGUCUAUGUUCUCCCACUUCACCUCUCGCCUGCGACUAGGGCCACACCUGGCCGCUCACGAGAUGACCCCGGAGCCAUCCGAGCCCGUAUCAAGGCCGUAUCUCUGUCUACGGCCGUAUGCUCCAUCAUCACUCUCGCCAUUCUGACGCUCUCCUCCCCCACUCUUGACGCCGAAGGCAGGUCCGAUCAUGCCUCAGCUUGGCAUGCUAUGGGGUAUUGGCCUUUGGGUUUGCGCGAAACAGCCCACUCUGUUUUCUUAACCGCCCUGUUGUUUGCCGCCCCGUUGUAUGAGCGACUUGUCAUUGACGGCGCCUGGGAGGACUGGCUGCGUCUCGAGCCGCUUAGCACUGUCUGGAACGACAUGCCCACCUGGAGGAACUUGGUUGUGUGGCAGGGUCCCAUUACCGAGGAGUGUUUAUUUCGCUCCGCCGCAGUUCCGUUACUGCUCCUGGCUGGUAAUGGUCUCUCCUCAACUGUUUUCUUAUCCCCUCUAGUCUUCGGCGUAGCACACGUCCACCACUUCUACGAAUUCCGUGUAACCCACCCUGACGUGCCGCUCGUUGCCGCCAUUGCCCGCUCCGUUCUCCAAUUCUCCUACACCUACCUGUUUGGCAUCUACGCUACCUUCAUCUUCCUUCGUACGGGCUCCCUUCUUGCUGUGAUCCUGGUUCAUUCCUUCUGCAAUGUCAUGGGUCUCCCCCGCGUCUGGGGUCUAGUAGAGCCCUACUGGCUCCCAGAGGGGACGAACAACGGCACCGUGAAAGCUCAUACAGUCGUUUAUUAUCUACUUCUUUUCGGAGGUAUGUUUUCUUGGUGGCAGGGCUUGUAUGCCCUCACCUCUUCAUCAUUGGCCCUUGCCGACCUGUAA